GUGCUCUUGGAAUUUUAUUUCCUUGAAUCUCGCUUGAUCAUGAUCAACACAUGGCAACAAGACAGGGCAAAGUUGUAUGUAGUGAGGCUAUGAAACCCCCACAUCCAACUGCCCCACCAAAGCUUUGUCGCGUCGCGUCUGCAAAGUAUCCCCAAGAUUCCUCCCAUCGCCGCUUCACAAACACAACCACUUCACACGAAUUGUUAAAUACACCUACUACACAAAUGCAACACAAUGCCGUCAAUACCUAUACGCAUCGCUCCCUCUCCACCAACCCCACUUCCCACCGAAAACCCACUCCCCCAUAUCCUCCACACACCCUCCGGCCUAGCCCUCCUCGAAAUCCAAGGCACAAUCCACUUCCCAGCACCCAUCACUGACUCUGAACCCUCAACUCAAAUCGGCAAACUCGUGUUUCCGCACUAUAACCCAGACACCAACGACCCGAGCGAUACCAAAUGGAUGAAGCGCGUGUACAUGUAUAUUGGCAAGGGCCAACGGAUGACGGGCGAAUGUAAAAAGUUGGCGAAUCCGAUUGCUGUGCUGCGUAAGAGGAUUGGUGAGGAUGGUGGAGAGGAUGGUGGAGAGGAUGGUGGAGAGGAUGUGGAUAUGGGGGGUAUAGAGGGCGAGGGUGAGGGGGGAAAAGAGGGGGAACUGGAGAUUGUAGAGGUGGUGAGGUAUAGGGUUGUUUUUUCUGCGAGGCCGGAACCGAUUACUGGGGUUGCUGAGGUGUCAUGAUGCGAUUCUAAGAUGCUAGUUGCUGGGCUUUGCGAGUAACUGUAGAUAUCGCCAAACAUCCAAAACGCAGCGCGACAGGACGAAACAUACAUCCACGUCGAAUGCGCAUGUCACGUGGGGGCGACAUAGAUCAGACGGAAGCGUUAGACUCGACGACCAUGUCAGAGAAACUUGCCCAUCUCUCUGGGCCGGUACCAGAGGCCUGCUCGAUGGUAGUCGCCCGUACCCGCGCACCUGGUCGCAAGGCUACACUCUAAUUUCGGUGACAUCCAGAUACGAUUCCAGGAUGCUAACUUGAAUCACCUAAAUU